AUGCCCAACCUGACGCUGAAAAACGUCGGAGCCGUCUUUGGCAAGAAAGACAAAGCUGAACCCAAGGAGGAGGAGGACGAGAUCGACGCCUCCGAGUUCGAGGACGACGACGAGGCGCCUAAGCCGCCCCGUAGCAGAAGGCCCAAAGACACACCGUUCACGCAGCAGCGAAUUGCAGCUGUCAACCCGGUGGUCACGCCACGCCGAAUAAUACCGCUGUACCUUUUUCUGGCAGCGAUAUUCGUGAUAUUUGGGGCCGUGAUGGUGUCGAUCUCGGCGCGCGUCGACCACAUGUUGAUUUACUACGAGCGGUGCGCGGAGGCCGCACCCACGAACGGUUUCCAUCCCAUGAGCCCAGGCGACUUUGAGUGGAACUUCCACAAGUCGCCCGGCUACUCGGCUUAUCCACAAUGGAAGUACAUUCCCGGCGACGGCACCGACGCGACCGCGUCCAACGGCACGUGCCAGAUCCGCUUUGUCACUCCCGACACGCUACCCAAGAGCGUGUAUUUGAGCUACUGGAUCGAGAAUUUCUACGGCAACCAUCGUCGGUACGUACUGUCAUUUAGCGAGGACCAGAUCCACGGCCAGAACACGUCGAUCACCGACAUCCGCGACAACGUCGGUAUCAAUUGCAAGCCUCUCGUCACCAACUCGGAGGGCAAGCAGUACUAUCCCUGUGGCCUGAUAGCCAAUGCCAUGUUCAAUGACACUUUCCCCUUCGAGCUCAUCGGUGUCGACAACACCGCUUCCUACCCGCUCACCAACGAGGGCAUCACCUGGACCACCGACAAAGACCGCUUCAGAAAGACCCCACUCAACUACGACGAAAUCGUGCCACCUCCAAACUGGGUCAAGCAAUAUCCGGACGGCUACAACUCCACCAAUGUCCCAAACAUUCACGAGUGGGAAGAGUUCAUGAACUGGAUGCGCACCCCUGCUUUUCCCACUUUCCAACGUCUCAUCCGCCGCAACGACAAUGACUCUCUUCCUGCUGGGGCCUACGAGAUCGACAUCGGCCUCAAUUGGCCUGUCACCGAGUUCAAUGGUAGAAAGGCCGUUUUCAUGACCCACGGAUCUAGCAUUGGUGGCAAGAACAAUUUCCUAGGCACGAUCUACCUCAUUGGUGGGUGUAUCUGCGCUGCCAUGGCCCUCAUACUUUUCUGCUCUACAAUACUCACAAGACGUUCUCUCGGGGACCUUAACUACUUGUCCUGGAACAGAGAGUAA